AUGGACAUGCUGUUUGACGGCAUGUUCGUGCCUAAAGAACAGCCCGAUGGAUCCCUUCUGUGGCGCAACCUGUCGAACGCCAAAACCUUUACGGAAAUCGCCGAGACUUUUACAAAGAUUACCGGCAAGAAGGCCGCUCACCAAUAUGUGCCUUUCGAGGAGUACGCAAAGAUGGCCUAA